CGGUGACCAAAUUAAUGUUUUAUCUAUUAAAUCGGCGUGGGACAUCUUGGAGCAUGACAGUCACUGAAAUCCAUAUGGUUGAAGAUUUAAAAAAAAAAAUCAAAACCUUGAUAUUGCUUAAAUCAGGAGAUCCACUGAUAUUUAAAACAUAUAAUAGUAGAAUCACUUGGAGAAAAAAGGCAUUGAGAGGCAUUGUUGCAGUUUCAAGAUUUUGGUUUUAGUUUACUGUUUUAAAGCUGCUACAAUGCUUCUUUUACACAAUAGUAUAGUAUUAUCAAUAUCAAUAUAUCCUGAUUUAUGACCAUCACACUAUAUAAAGAUAAACUUUGAAUUAACCUUAAUUUGUUACAGCCGGAGGGAAUUAUAUAUAAAUUAUAAUUGGCUCAGUGGGUGUGUUUGCUGGGUCUUGAUUUCUGUGGUCUUCUCUCACCUCACUGGCACUUGCCUCCUGAACUCCUCACAAAUAGUUACCUAGCAACAACAGCAAUGGCAACUGCCACAGCACCAGCUGAUGCUGGAGAAUGGGAUGCUGACAAAAUGGAGGGAAUAUUCUUUGCUAUUGUGGAAUAUUUGUCCAUGUUAACUUGUUGAUCUUUGUGUAAAACAGAUAUGACAACAUUUUAAAUAUUAGAAUUCAAAAUAAUGACAAAUUACUAGGAGAGGAUGCCUUUCUGUCUUUGUUCUUAACAACUCUUUCAAAUCCAAUUUUGCAAAAUGCUUCAAACUUAGAAAACGAACAGUCAAAGGAGCAUAGAACCAUUAAGUAAGUACAUCAUACAAUAUACCAGAUUUAACCAGAUUUAACAGAUUAACAAACCAUCAAGAUGUAAAGAUAGAUAGUAACUUAUUGUAGCUAACUUGAUCUCCUCAGGCUGGUUGUGGCCCUGAUGGGGAAGGCCAGAUCAUCCAAAGUUUUCUGUGCAACGACUAUAAACGUUACAUCCCACAAACUCUCUCAGCUCAUUAGGUAUCACACAUCUACAGUACACACUGCAUUGUGGAAGCCAAUAAAAUAAUUGGUAGAAUAGUGCAUCGAUUAAUUCACCAUCUCAAGUAACAGUUAUGAUGGCCAGAGGUUUGCAAACUUGUUUGAAAUAUGUGGGCGACCAUUUGAUAAGACUCUGUCAUCAUUUGAACAAGGUUAGCCACAAGCUGCUUUCACAUUUGUUGUUCACUAUAUUUUAUAAAUCAAUUAAUUCAAAAUUCAAUUAGGCUACUCUUUACACCACUGGUAAUACAACGUUUAUAUUUUUCUAAUUUUUUAUACUGAAUACAGAAGUACAACCCCCCCACCCAAAAAAUAUAUCCACUGGUUGUCUCGCGUCACAUCGCAGCAGGGGGCAGCUCUUCACACCCACAAACUGAACCAGGAGGUUACAGUGGCUCAGUCGCACCAACAGUUGAUGGAUUAAAAACACCCUGACAUCCAGCUGAGCUCCGGUGCGUCUCCAAGCGCCGUCACCAAUAUUCCAACAUGGGAUGUGGGGAACAACAUGAAGUGCUGGAACACGCAGAUAUUUGGAGCUACCGCUGAACCACAGAAAUAUAUGCUGUCGAUAGGCUGAUAGGCCUAACUUACUGUCCGCCAUGUGGAGGCUACCUACAGGACGACAGAAUCCAGAUAAAUUAGAUUAUUGGAUUGACUGCAACAGAUUAUAGCUCUCCUACUUCCUCGAUGCUUCAUAAGAAAACCACAUCAAUCUGAUCAUAUUUCACGCGGCGUUUUCGGAAAUAUAAAGACUGGCAGCCAUGCUGACCAGCUUUAUAGAGGGUCUUCUCUGCUGCCUGACCUCAAAGUCGGCCAAUGUUGUGGUUCCUGUAGAAACUUCAGAACCAGCUGAUGGCUACGAGUUUGUGGAGGUGAAACCGGGCCGCGUCCUGCGGGUUCGACAUAUCAUCCCUGAUCGGUCGGUGGUGGAGGAACCCACUGGGCAGGGUGGGAGUGUCAGCUGCAAACGAAAGAUCACAGUAUAUCGUAAUGGACAGCUAUUCAUUGAGAACUUGGGUGACAGGGCGAGUGCAGAGCUGAAAAACUGUCAGAAUGGAGAGACAGAACCAAACAGCACUGUGGAGGUUGAACUGACAGACUGUGGUAACUCCUCAGCGCCCGUCACCAUCCCUGAGGCCAGGUCUGAGUCUGUCACAGCUGGAAAAGACGGGCCAUCUGAAACAGCAGGAGGAGAGGCACCUGCUGCUGGACAGACUGACCAGUCGCAGCAACCCAGGAAACGCAGGCGGAAGCCCAAGCGCACUGUGGUGAUCGACUGUGAGAGGAAGAUAUCAGCCUGUAAAGGGACACAUGCAGAUGUGGCUCUGUUCUUCAUCCAUGGAGUGGGAGGCUCACUGGACAUCUGGGGAAGCCAGUUGGACUUCUUUUCCAGGCUGGGCUAUGAGGUGAUCGCCCCGGACCUGGCAGGUCAUGGAGCCAGCUCAGCACCACAGAUAGCUGCUGCAUACACUUUCUAUGCCCUGGCUGAGGAUAUGAGACUUAUCUUCAAGAGAUAUGCACGCAAGAGGAAUAUUCUCAUAGGACAUUCUUAUGGUGUGUCGUUCUGCACUUUCCUGGCCCAUGAGUAUCCGGAACAGAUCCACAAGAUGGUGAUGAUCAACGGAGGUGGUCCCACAGCUCUGGAGCCCAGCCUCUGCUCCAUCUUCAACCUGCCCACCUGUGUGCUUCACUGCCUCUCCCCGCUGCUAGCCUGGAGCUUUCUCAAGGCUGGCUUUGCUCGGCAGGGUGCCAAGGAGAAGCAGCUGUUGAAAGACAACAAUGCCUUCAACGUGUCGUCUUUUGUGCUGCGGGCCAUGAUGAGCGGGCAGUACUGGCCUGAGGGGGACGAGAUCUACCAUGCUGAACUCACAGUGCCCAUCCUGCUGGUUCACGGCAUGCACGACAAGUUUGUCCCCGUCGAAGAGGACCAGCGCAUGGCAGAGAUCCUCCUAAUGGCCUUCCUGAAGGUCCUGGAAGACGGCAGUCACAUGGUCAUGAUGGAGUGUCCUGAGUCUGUCAACACACUCUUGCAUGAGUUCUUCCUCUGGGAGCCGGCCACCCCUCCACCGCCAAAGAAAGAGUCCAAAACACGCCCAGAGACUGCCAAAGCCCAAUCUGACAACACCAAGGCUACAUCUGACCCUUCCAAGGUCCGACCUGCAACUGCUAGGCAGACGUCAUCAAACGGCGGCACAGAGGAGAAGCCAGACAGCAAGGCCAAGAAAUGACGGAAGAUUAAAGCUGAAGCUUCCAGUGAUUGUUACAUUAUAUCAUAGCUGGCCAUGCACUUUGUGGGUCCUGAUAAUCUGAGCUGGUUUUGGCUGUUGAACCUUAUGCUGAGCCAAAAGGGCCGGUUUAUCAGAAAUGUUCCAGCUAAAGGUGAAAGUGAAGGUGUGACGCAAUGCAGGGAAUUCAAGUUUGAUUCCAGUUAUGUCAGAUGCUGAGCUGAAGGACAGAGCAAAAGGAGCUGCAUUACUGGAUGCUGGAGGUCCAUUCUUAAGCUUACAGCUCCCUGUCCUCAAUAUACAGCAGGGAAGAUAUAGCUGUGCCUAGAAGUGGAGGGUGGUGAUGAUGCCAGAGUAGGCGGAGCAAGAGAUGGAAACAGUAACAUACAGCCAUGAGGGCGAGGGUGAAAUUAACAACUGUCAAGAAGCAAAAGUGAUAAAAUUUGACUUUUGUGGACAAAUCAGUGUCAUCUGCCACACUGACAGCUACAUUUUGAGAAAGGAUGACACUUGAUUGCCUGGUCUGACUUUUGUCAUUCCUAAAACAUGGAAAAGAAAAGCAAAACAAAUAAUUUGUAUGAAACAUGCUCCUGAUUGACUACCUGUUACCCUGCCCUACGUAAAGCAGCAGCAGAGACACAACCUUAUGUAAACUGGCUGGAUGGUAAAUCAGCCUGAUGUAUUAGCCUACUUGAGGUUUAGUAUCAUAUCAUGACACACUGAGCUAGCUGAGAAAUGUCUAUCUGUGUGUGUGUCGGAGGAUGUUUUGUAGCUAGAUUUUUUCCAUUGCAUAUAAUGAUAAAUUUCAAACCUCACCUCUUGUAGAGGUGAGAGUUUUAAAUGGACACACAGUGUUUAAUACUAUACACAAAAUGGCACUGAAAACAAAUGGGAAGGCAUUUCUUGUUUAAAAAUGAACAUUUAGUUUUUGGCCAUUUUAUUUGUUCUUCAGUACCUCUAAGAGGUGAGCCAGAAUAUUAUUUUUGCACAAUGUAUAAGAGGUUCACAAGAUUUAAGUAGCUGCCUCUGGUAUUUAACAGAAAAAAAAUGUUUUGUGAGUGAUUGAGUUGUGACUUGUGAUGCUGAAUGAGUGAAGAAUGAUAAAGUACUGAUACAAAGAGAAGUGAAAGUAAAUUUACUCCUUCCUAGAAUUCAGGGAACUGUACAGUAUGUUCAGUCAAGUGUGUCCUGCUUAAUCUAGCAAUAAUUGAGGCUCAGCAAUGAAUCAUAACUUUGUAUGGAGAGAAUGGGCCAAAGAACUUGCACAAAUCACAUGCACAUAAUGGGACAUUAAAUCAAUAAUAAGAAGGCUUGCAUUGAGAUACAUCAGGGAAGUGCGAAUCAGGGGUUUAUUGGUCAACAGAAAUUCACCGCAAACCAUAUCAUACUAUAGUAUGUUUUAUGCCAUUUGAAAAUAUUCAUUUUUGCAAUGUAUCCAUGUGCUGGUAAUGUAGCAUCUUUGUUAAUUGAAAUCCCCACUAUGACAAUAAGUGACUGAAAGUCACUGACAUAAUGUAUUAUCAACUUCCAUGUGGUAUUAGAAAGCAUUUGUUUUAAUAGUUCCUCUAUUUCCUGCAAAAAAAAAACAUUGUGUAUGCAGCUGUUGAAUAUAUUAUAAAUAUUUCAUAAAUCCAUUUCUUAUUUUUUAUGGUAACAGCCCAUCUGUUCUAGAUGAUUUGCAUGAAUGAAUAUAUUUUACAAUAAAUAUUAGUCAUUUAUUUCUCACCAAAACUAUGUUAUUCUGCAAUGUGUUUUUUACCUGGAGAAGUAAAGUUAAGAUAAUAUAUUAAUAUUAUAUUACUACAAAAACUGUAUUUUGUUUGGAGUGUUGUGAUACAUUGACUGCAUCAGUGUAUCACAACACUCCAUCUAUUUAACUCUUUAACAGUUUAUUGUGAACAUCUGUGCUGUCACUCCACAUGACAGACAGCCGGCAUUAGGAAGCUAUUAAAUCCUCUGUAACUGUAUUUUGACCACUACAAUAAAGUGUAUAUGUCUUUACUGUUCUCAGUGCUGCAAUAGUUCAGAUAUUAAUAACGUUCACAAACCUUCUCUGAGCCUCUAACAUAGAAAGAUCAGAAAUUGGAUUUGUAUACGGUGUGAAUGAAGUACAGAUUGUAUCUAUCUUCAAUAACAUUUGAUGGUUUUUAUAAAUGGAUUAUUCUUUUUAUACAUUGUACUUUUAUUCAUGAUGGAUAUUUAGAGAUUUAACAGAAACUGUAGCAGAGAAUUCACUGAAUCAAAGGAAGAUGCAUCUCUGAUCAGAGAAAUGUGACAGAUUUGUGGCGACUCAAGCUCACAUAAGCUCAACAUUUCUAUGUGGCAUAGAAAUUACAUGGAUGGUUUGCUUAUAUGAUUAUCCUGAAUUUGAGGAAACUGUUCAUGUUAUAUCUUGUGUGUCUUAAAUUUUGUAACUGUUUGUAACUGCCUUUGACAAUAAGUACACAAACUGCUGAUUUAAAACUGUUAAUUUUAUUUUUAAGUAAAUUAAUGUGAGUUUUCAACA